UUUAUGGAAACAGAAACCAUUACCCAAUUAUUGUUCUCUCAUUAAUUGUCACUUUCACUAUUUCUCUGUUUCCCCAACAUCCCAUCAUCAAUCUUUACCCACAACAUAAGACUUAAUCAGAGGUUUUUGUCUUGGGUUUUUAACUUAUGGAGUUAAACAAGGAGAAGAUUGUCAGGUUUUAUGCAAAUGACAAGCAAAAGAAAGAUUUUGUAUGGGGAAGAAGUGAGCCCUUACACCUUGAAAAAUCGUCUUCCGGGUACAAUGGUUUAACCCUUUUACCAAAAUCCAAUUUUGGUAUGGGAAAAGUCAACGGAAAUCCUAAUUCGAAACCUGGAACAAGUAAUUUAUUUCCCGAGGAUCAUGAGCCAUGGCAAAAGCGGAUACUUGAUCCGGGUAGUGAGAUUGUGUUAAAGUGGAACCGGAUUUUUAUUGUAUCUUGCUUGUUGGCAUUAUUUAUCGAUCCAUUGUAUUUCUAUUUGCCUGGUGUGGUAGGAGACCAAGACUCAUGGUGUGUGAAAACGGACUUGAAUCUGCGAAUAGUUGUUACUACUUUUCGUACUCUGGCAGAUUUGUUUUAUAUAUUACAUAUGGCAAUUAAGUUUAGGACAGCUUAUGUUGCUCCUAGCUCUCGGGUUUUUGGGAGAGGUGAGCUUGUUAUGGAUCCUAAGAAGAUUGCCAGAAGAUAUAUUAGAACUGAUUUUUUCAUUGAUCUAAUUGCAACGCUUCCUCUCCCGCAGUUUGUUAUCUGGUUCAUCAUACCAGCAACGAGGAGCUCACGGGCCAAUCACAAUAAUAACGCCCUUGCGUUGAUUGUACUAUUACAAUAUAUUCCGAGAUUAUAUCUAAUUUUUCCUUUAAGUUCUGAAUUGGUCAAAGCAACAGGAGUGGUGACAAAAACUGCUUGGGCAGGGGCUGCAUAUAAUUUAAUGUUGUACAUGUUGGCUAGUCAUGUAUUGGGUGCAGCUUGGUAUCUGCUAUCCAUUGAUCGACACAUGUCGUGCUGGAAAUCUAUUUGCAAUCUUGAAAAAGCUUCAUGUAAAGCUAGUUAUCUGGAUUGCGGCUCCAUCAAUCAUAGUGAUCGCAGAAAUUGGGCAAAUGUGACCAAUGCGUUCAAGAGGUGCACUGCUAAUGAUGAUUCACCCUUCAACUUUAAGUAUGGAAUAUUUGAAAGUGCAGUGCAAAAAAAUGUCAUAUCCUCGAAUUUCUUUCACAAAUACUUCUAUUGUUUAUGGUGGGGAUUACAACAACUAAGUUCAUAUGGGCAAAACUUGUCAACUACCACAUUCAUAGGGGAGACAUCAUUUGCAAUACUCAUUGCCAUUGUUGGUCUUGUUUUGUUUGCACACCUGAUUGGCAACAUGCAGACAUACCUACAAUCAUUAACCAUGAGACUUGAAGAAUGGAGGCUUAGGCGAAGAGAUACUGAGGAGUGGAUGAGACACCGUCAACUGCCUGAAGAUUUGAGAAAACGUGUUAGGCGUUUUGUUCAAUAUAAGUGGGUUGCAACUCGAGGAGUACAUGAAGAAGCUAUCCUUCAUGGCUUACCUGCUGAUCUUCGACGGGAUAUCCAACGCCACUUGUGCUUGGACCUUGUUCGCCGGGUUCCGUUCUUUUCGCAGAUGGAUGACCAAUUACUGGAUGCCAUAUGCGAGCGUCUCGUUUCAUCUUUAAGCACCGAAGGUGCAUACAUGGUUCGUGAAGGAGAUCCUGUAACAGAGAUGUUUUUCAUUAUUAGAGGCAGACUCGAAAGCUCCACAACAAAUGGAGGCCGGACGGGCUUCUUUAAUUCCAUCAUAAUGAGGCCUGGAGAUUUUUGUGGUGAAGAACUUCUUGCGUGGGCUUUACAUCCAAAGUCAACAGUCAACUUACCAUCUUCAACCCGAACUGUGCGAUCUCUUACAGAAGUAGAAGCUUUUGCCCUACGAGCUGAAGAUCUCAAAUUUGUUGCAAAUCAGUUCAGAAGACUGCAUAGCAAGAAAUUGCAGCAUACUUUUAGACAUUAUUCCCACCAUUGGAGGACAUGGGCCGCUUGCUUUAUACAGGCUGCUUGGAGAAGACAUAAAAGGAGGACCAUGGCGAGAUACCUUUCAACAAUGGAGUCUUUUGUUGAUCACCAUGAACACGAUGAUGAUGAUGAUGAUGAUGAUGAUGAUGAACAUGAUCAAAGUCAUCACCAAGUGGAUCAAGAAAAUGAGCAGUCUCAUGGUCCAACAGCUCAAGUUGAGUCAAACCUAGGGGUCACCAUAUUGGCAUCAAGGUUUGCUGCAAACACAAGAAGGGGAAUUGCUCGGAGGCUUAAAAGUGAAGGCAGGUUACCUAAACUGCAGAAACCGGAAGAACCUGACUUUUCUGUUGAGCCGGAUAUCAGUUAGUCAACUUAUGGGGUUGAAUCAACUAGAUCAAGACAUAUAUAUAUCUAUAUACUUAUGAAACAUGGCUCCACCGUCUGCUGAGUUCAUUUUGGGUCUACAUUGUUUUCUAUUUAUUCGCUAACUGAUAGUUUUUGGCUUACAAGUGGAUGCAACCUUGUGUAUGCUGCACGUUAGAAAUGCUAGAUACACUGGUAGCUUUAUAUUUUAGACUUUUCAUUUGAAGAAUUAAAAGUCUGUAUUAUACACGUCUCAUUGUAGCAAGUAAAUGUUGAGCUAAAAGUGAGUUUUGGCCUCCUCAAACCGAUGUUGGCAUGUUUGUUUA